GACGUCACAAUCAACCGCCCAAUGCAAGCUAUACGCCGUACAUAAAAGUGACGUGUCGAAUAACAAUCACACUUUCGGAAAAUUUCGGCUCAAAGUGACUACGUUUAGGGGUAAUUGUCAACAAUUAUCUGCGUUUCUAACUGACGUAACAUUGCGCAAGAUAUACCUAUUGCCAUUGCUUGAUUUUGCUAUUAUAUUUCUUGCUGUUUUUCUACAAAGUGUAGAAAAAUGUCUUUCGUCUCGCCCAUGCCUAGCCAGGAAUUUCUUUGGAGCGUAUUCCAAAGGGUAGAUAAAGACAGAUCUGGUGCAAUUUCUGCAGAUGAAUUACAACAAGCUCUCUCAAAUGGUACAUGGACACCAUUUAAUCCAGAAACUGUUCGUUUAAUGAUUGGUAUGUUUGACACUGACAAAAUCGAUCCUGCUACAGGUAUGUUCGAUAAAAACCAAACUGGUACUGUGAGUUUUGAAGAAUUUGGAGCAUUAUGGAAAUAUGUUACUGACUGGGAGAAUUGUUUUCGAUCAUUUGAUCGUGAUAACAGUGGCAACAUUGAUCGCAAUGAAUUAAAGACUGCUCUGACAAACUUUGGGUACCGACUAUCAGAUCAAAUAAUUGACAUGCUUAUAAGAAAGUAUGAUCGUGCAGGUCGAGGAACAAUAUACUUUGAUGAUUUCAUACAAUGCUGCAUAGUACUAUAUACUUUGACAUCUGCUUUCAGAAGAUUAGACACAGAUUUGGAUGGUGUUAUAACAAUCCACUAUGAACAAUUUUUGGGCAUGGUAUUCAAUCUUAAGAUAUAAAUAUUAUAUCAUUUCCUUGCCUGAUUUUAAUCGAACACAUUAUUUAAAGCCUAAAGGUAUACUAAGAUGCCAAAUGAAGACAAGAAUUUUAUUCUACCAUAUAUAUGUGAAAAACUAUCAGAAUCUCCAAAAUUAAAAUUUAUUUGCACAUUUAUCUCUUUACACAAAUUGUUAAUAAAAUUUGAUCAAACUAUCGAAGAUUUUAUUACAAAUUAAAAUAUAACUUUCUAUAUUCAUUAAUAUAUUAAUUAAAUAUAAUAUAUCACAGUUUAUUAUAAUGGUUCACAGAAAUUAUUUGUACGUGUGUAUGCUAUUGAUAUAAAUUAUAGCUUCAUGUAUGACAUUCCUGUUUUUUAUGAUACAUCAUAUUAUGCUUCUUUUGCUUUUAAGAAAUUACAUAAAUAUGAUAAAUUUUCAAAAAUUAGUCAAUUUUGGAAAUUCUGAAUGAAAAUGUUGAUAUUAAUUGAUACAAUUGUCGCAGAAUAUGACUGGUUAAUAUUAUAAAUGUUUGAAAGAGAACUAGAGUUUGAAUGUAUAUACAAACUCCAUAUAUAUAUAUAUAUAUAUAUAUAUAUAUAUAUAUAUAUAUAUAUAUAUAUAUAUAUUUCCUACUUUAUACAUGUAUAUGUACACUUCCAGCAUUACUGUUACACAUAAAUUAAUGAAAGAGUUUACAUACAUAAGUGUGCGUUUUAAUAAUUUUAAGAAAAAUAAAAAAAUAUAAAUCUUGUAUUUUUUUAACAUAUUAAAAUUGUUAUAUAUUUAUGUGUAAUAAUAUUUAUCGAUAUGUACAAUAGUUAUGUAUUUUUCUAUCUCAUUAUUAUUAUAUUAAACAAUUAUAAUGAACGCACCAUAAAAGAAAUAUAUUUCUUUUACUAAACAA